AAUUUGUUAACGGACUAGGCUGGUCAUGAAUAGUUUUGAGAUCGGUCUGAUCCUGCUGGGACUCUUUACACCUUAUGGACACGGUCUUGUGCAUUUCAAGAAACUUGAACCUGGAGCGGAAGGUGGUUGCAAGGGCGUAACGGGAAAUGACUUAAAGGUGGGCGAGACGGAAAAGGACGAAAAUACGUGCGGAGUUUACGUUUGCCAGAACGAUCGGGGUGAUGCAUUGAUCCACUACUGCCAAAUGCCGGCCACUUUUCAGGAGUGCGCCGAGGAAGGAGUUUCCACCGUGCGGCCAUUUCCCGAGUGCUGUUGGAUCUGUGUAGAAUGGCACGAUUGCGAUGGAGGGGGCGAUGAUGGGGAAGAUGGAAAUGCGAACGAUGGUGAAGAAAGGGGCUUGGAUGGUGGUGACGCAAACGAGGGAGGUGGUGAAGGAAACAAGAAAGGUGGGGAAGGAUCAGGGGAAAAUGGUGAAGGAAACAAGAAAGAUGGGGAAGGAGCAGGGGAGAGUGGAAAAGAAAGCAAAAGAAAAUACAAACAUAAACUAUUCUAGAUAAUUACUAAAAAAUUAGCUAAAAACAUAAAUAAAUAAUAAGGAGUAGGUCCUUUGAAAUUGGUUAAAAUA